AAAACAGGCAUCUUCGUAUCGUUCACGGUUGUUGAUAUAAAUGCUGCUGUUAUUUUCUACAUCUGCACUAUUGAAUCAAUUUGACAUUUAACUGAAUAGCUUUUAGAUGCUAUCAUCUAUUGAAAUUUGAAUCAGGAACAAGAAUUCACAGAGAAGCUAAGUCUGUUGCGUGUUGAAUUGUGGCUUUGGAUCAUAUGCAGAUUUGGGUUAGGUGAAAAAGAAGAAGAAGAAAGGGGCGAUGGCGGGAGGGUCGAUGGGUCCCGCCGGAGUGUCGAAAGAGAGGGCGGAGGAGUAUAAGGGGAGCGUCACUGCUUACGUCAUCGUUGCCUGCGUCGUUGCUGCAAUCGGCGGAUCCCUCUUCGGCUACGAUGUUGGAAUUUCAGGGGGAGUCACAUCGAUGGAUGGAUUUCUGGAGAAAUUCUUCCCCGCUGUGUAUAGAAACAAGCAGCGCGCUCAUGAAAACAACUACUGCAAGUACAACAAUCAAGGCCUGUCUGCUUUCACGUCGUCUCUCUAUCUCGCCGGCCUUGUCUCCUCCCUCGUUGCGUCUCCGAUCACGCGCAAAUACGGCCGCCGCAGCAGCAUCGUCUGCGGCGGCGUGAGCUUCCUGAUCGGAGCGGCGCUCGAUGCCUCGGCGGUCAAUCUGGUCAUGCUCAUUUUUGGCCGGAUCAUGCUCGGUGUGGGCAUUGGAUUUGGAAAUCAGGCAGUGCCGCUCUACUUAUCAGAAAUGGCGCCGACUCAUCUGAGAGGUGGUCUGAACAUGAUGUUCCAGCUGGCGACGACGCUCGGGAUAUUCACCGCGAAUAUGAUCAACUACGGGACGCAAAAGCUCGAGCCGUCGGGAUGGCGCCUCUCACUGGGGCUGGCAGGUGCGCCAGCCGUUCUGAUGACGAUCGGAGGGAUACUUCUCCCGGAAACGCCCAACAGCUUAAUUGAAAGAGGAUUUGAAGAGCAGGGCAGAAAAGUGCUAGAAAAAAUCAGAGGAACAAAGGAUGUAGACGCCGAAUUUGAAGACAUAAUGGAUGCUAGCGAGCUCGCAAACUCAAUCAAGCAUCCUUUCCGGAACAUUCUAGAAAGACGGAACCGGCCGCAGCUGGCGAUGGCAGUCUUCAUGCCGGCUUUCCAGAUAUUAACGGGCAUCAACGCCAUUUUAUUUUACGCGCCCGUGCUUUUCCAGGCCAUGGGACUGAAGGGGAACGCGCCGCUCUACUCUUCAGCCGUGACGGGGGGCGUGCUGGCUGCCUCCACAGUCAUCUCCAUCGCGACGGUCGACAGAUUGGGGCGGAGGGUGCUGCUGAUCAGCGGGGGCGUGCAGAUGAUCGCGUGCCAGGUGAUCGCGGCGAUUGUUCUCGCGGUGAAAUUCAGGGGAGAUGGGGAGCUUUCGAAGGGGUAUUCGAUGCUGGUGGUGGUGGUGGUGUGCUUGUUUGUGAUGGCGUUCGGGUGGUCGUGGGGGCCGCUGGGGUGGACCGUGCCGAGUGAGAUCUUCGCGCUGGAGACGCGGUCGGCGGGGCAGAGCAUCACGGUGGCGGUUAACCUGUUCUUCACCUUUGUGAUUGGGCAGGCGUUUCUGUCUAUGCUCUGUGUUUUCAAAUUCGGGAUUUUCCUAUUCUUCGCGGGCUGGAUUGUGGUCAUGACUCUUUUCGUCUACCUUUUCUUGCCGGAGACGAAGGGUGUUCCGAUUGAGGAGAUGAGUUUCUUGUGGAAGAAACACUGGUUUUGGAAGAACGUUGUAACGUAGUAGUAAUAUUUGCAAGUUAACUUGCAUAACAAUAGAUGAAAUAAAUCAUUUCUCAAUUUGGAUA